AUGUCUGAAAGAGCGAAAUAUAUGGUAGAAAUUGCCAGAAAACAAAUGAGACAUGCAGAAGUUGAUGAGAACUCAGGUGAUAUAUUGCAAAAUGGUAACGGUAGUUCAAAAAGUGUGGUGUCGGAAGUUUUUCAAGAAGAUGAUUCCUGUGGUGGUAAUAGAGCUGAUAAUCAAGAAACGGACCGCAGAAUUGAAGAAGAAAGUGCUGUUUUACACACUGAGAACUGUAGUUCGAAAAGAGUGGUGUCGAAAGUUUUCCGAGAAUAUGAUACGUUUGGUGGAGUUGAAAAUCAAGAAACGGUGCAUGCAGUUGAAGGAGAUGACGACAUGAAUAUAAUAUAUCCAACUUCAACAGACGAACUCGAAGUAGAAGAUCCUUAUAGCAGCGAUGAUUCCUUGCGUGACAGAAACUAUGUUCCAGACUCAUCCUCUUCAUCUGAUUCCGAACAAUCAUCCGAAUCACGUAAAGUCAUGUUUGAGCUGAUUCUUGGAACAUCCGUGGUGAAUUCCUUAAUAAUAUAUAACUUAUGUGCUAAAGAAAAAUUGAGCAUAACAGAGUUUAGGCGUCAGCUAGCUUACUCCCUAGUCAAAUCUCCAAACUCUGAAGAAACGAUAAAGGUUCCAAAAAAAAGAGUGCAUAGUUUUCAAAAACCUGACGGACCUGGCAGGAAAAAGCGCAAGCCCUAUAUGAUUAGCGAAACAUAUGUGGGAUAUGGAACCUGGUGGAUUAAAGACUGAAAAGCUUCUAUCAUAGACAAGUGGUACCUAUGAAAUGCGAUGUAGUAAUAGUUACUGGUACUGGUAUUCCUUAGAUUGCAUUGUCAAGCACUCGUUUUUAUAUUGUGAAUGUUUCGCUUUCUUUUACUUUAUGGGCUCUACAUCCAAUGACUUGUCAUACAUAAAAUUUAAAUAACUUGACGAAUAAAUUAUCAAUCAAGAUAUACUAGAUCACACCUCAGACUGAGUUGAGUUAACCUCACUGUUUCCAAUAUAGAUAGAUGGAACUAGAUUGCCCUGAGUGUAAGUUAAAUCCGUCAUAAAUGUGGUACUAAUAUCAUUUCUUGCACCAACAGUCCCUUCGAUUGGACCAAUGUAUACUCUAAACGAAUUCUACCAUGAACAAGUGAUACCUUAGAUUUUUCACGAAAAUAGGUUGCACCACUCCCAGUAGGUAACAUUCGAAGACCAUCUUAUUGUAGAAGAGCAUCAAAUAUAAU